AUGGAGACGCAACUGGCUUCGCUGUGUGCGAAAUGGCAAGAGCACCUGCCCGACCCCUCCUGGGUGUCCUCCCAAGCCGAAAUGGUGAACCGUUCGCUCAAGGACCAAGUGUUGCAGCAGCAACUGUACCUCGCGUCGUUGCAACACCUCAUAACCCAGUCGCCGUUCCUGGCCCCGUCAAGAAGCAAGGAGCUCUUCGAGGGGAUGCACUCGUUCUCGGCGCUCCCCAAUUCUCUAACCACGACCCAACGCACCGACCACCUCAUUGCCCAGUGCGAAAUGGGGGUGCGCCUCGUGCCCGCGCUGAUGGGGAGGUUCGCGCGGCAACAUUUGCCAAAUGCAACAUUCUCUAACCCCUUCUCCCACACGAGCGUCAUGGCGGACGGCAACUUCACCUACGUGUCCAACAUCCUGCUCUGCCGCAUCCCGCACCGAUCCAUGGAAUUUGCCGUGGGGGCCGCGAUGCACUACUUCCAGAACCUCUCAACGGAGCUAAACAGCCACUUGGGGGUGCACUGCGACCUCGAGGUGUUGCAGGAUUUGGGCCACGGUCGAGCUUACACCCAGAUGCGAUACCGCAACGGACCCAGUUUUUCCUCCAGCAGCAACACGACGCUCGCCGCGCGCGUCACGCCCGACUCGGCCGUGGUGGUGGCGGAUUUCGUUGAUGAGGACGUGUGCUACCCCAUCGACCGGACGCUCCUCAUGACGCCGGAGAGAGACCCGAUGAAUGGUCAGGAGCACGUCCUCGUGCAGAGAUUAUCUGUGAACCGGUACAACCUCCCGCCCACUUCGUCCAGGCUGCACGACGAGAUCCGGUCCUCGCUGCCCUGGUUCAACGGAGACCUGUUAAUGGAGGUCAUUUGUCGCCAACUCGAGCAAAACGGACAACCGAGAGCCCUUUAA